UGAACCCUGGGCUGAAGUUGUUUCGGUUCGUCGGUUGUGGUCCUGUACUAAAUUGCUAGGUCGGGAGCUUGCUUUCCGCAAACCAUCAUAAACGUCCAGUAGUCGAAAUCGGGGCAUUGAUAUCUGUUGUGGCUUUCCUGCAGCUACUGCAUCCGUCUCCGGGCUUAAUACUAUAAAUCACGGAACAGGCUUUCUGGUAUCUUCAGUAAGAUGGGUGGUGGACCAAAAGAAACGCUACUCGUAGCGAUCGAAUUCCCGGAAAGCAAAGAGUUAGUGGACAGGAUGAGAAAGAAAUUUCCAUAUGUGGACAUCGUCUGGUAUCAGCAUGAUCCCAAAAAAGGGCCAGUUCCAGAGCAUCUGUUCCGCUCCGUAACUAUAUUAGUCACUAUGUUCAGCCUUCCGUCAAAGCUGUCACUGGUGCCGGAACUGCGCUAUGUACACUUCUUCAGUGCCGGGAUCAAUCACAUCUACGAACAUCCUCUCUACAAAGAUUCGAAGAUUCCCCUGACGACCUCAAAUGGCGUUCAUGGGCCUCAGAUCGCAGAGUGGGUCGUUAUGACGGCGUUAUGCCAGAAUCAUUCUUACAACCACUGGCACGCACUUCAGCAGCAGAAGAAAUGGGGCAAUUUCAGAGACGUGAAAGUUCGGGACUGGGCUGGUCAGAAAGUCGGUAUUCUUGGUUAUGGUAGCAUCGGCCGUCAGGUCGGCCGUGCUUUUGCUGCUCUGGGUAUGACCAUCUAUGCAUAUACCGCCUCUCCACGCCCAACACCAUCGUCACGUGUUGACAACGGUUAUAUUGUACCUAACACCGGCGAUCCGGAUGGCAGUAUACCAACCGCCUGGUACUCCGGCACCUCAAAAGCCUCCCUGCACGACUUCCUCUCGCAAAAAUUCGACAUAAUAGUCCUGACGCUCCCGCUAACUCCCUCAACAACGCACCUCCUCGGCACCGAGGAAUUUGCUAUUCUCGCAUCCCAACCCCAUCCACCUCUCCUGAGUAACAUCUCGCGAGGACAAAUUGUUGACCAGGCAGCAAUGGUGAAGGCUCUACAUGAUGGUGGACUACGAGGUGCAUGUUUAGAUGUUACAGAUCCAGAACCAUUGCCGGAAGACAGUGAGUUAUGGACGGCAAAAAAUGUCAUUAUCACGCCGCAUGUUAGUGGUGGAAGCGAGAAGUAUCUGGAGAGAACGUGGGAUAUACUGGAGAUGAACGUGGGCCGGCUGAUGGAGGGAAAGAAGUUGAUCAAUCAGGUAGAUCGCCGAAGAGGCUACUGAAGAGAAGAAAAAGGCCAGAGAGAAAACCAAGACUUCAUUUAUGAUGCGACACGCUUGUGAGCAUGUAUUCAUGACAUAGGAGCAUAAACUGCUAUAGAUGCUGUACUGGCGAUGCCAACCAGCUGAUCAGAUUCUAG